CCAGCAAGACAUAUCCAAACCAGUUGCGUACGAAGAAACACAGAUUUUACAACCUUAAUUCUCGUACAGCCUCUGAUUUUGGAUCAUCAGACCUUUCUCAGGAGAAGAAAGCGGCAUGAGAACCAACGUUUUGGACAUGGGGUUUCUCAGCAGAUCCUCAGAGUCGUCAUCAAACAUCCUUAGCUUCCAUUCCACUGCUAAAUGGAAUGCUCACUUUAAUGCCUCCAAAGAAACCGACAAGCUGAUGGUGAUUGAUUUCAACGCUACAUGGUGUGGCCCCUGCAAAUUCAUGGACUCAGUAAUCCAAGAGUAUGCUGCAAAAUACACAGAUGUGGAGUUUAUCAAGAUUGAUGUGGAUGAGUUAAUGGAGGUGUCUCAAGUAUUCCAAGUUCAGACAUUGCCAGCAUUCAUAUUGAUAAAGAAAGGCCAGGUUGCUGAAAGAGUGACGGGAGCAAGAAAGGAGGAGCUUCAAAAGAACCACAGGAGAGUAAUUGUAUGAUCAUACCUUGAAAUGAGGUCGCAAGGCUUUCCAAUAUAUUCCUGCCCUGACCAUUGACGAUGGAACAAGACCAGCAACCUAAGAUAACUAAAUAAGUUGGUUUCGUUGUUUGUUUUAUUGCUUACAAUGUGUCGGUUCCGAUAUUUAAUUAUAUAUUGCAUAAAUGGGCACCGAUGCACCUGGCCCUAUUUUUAUAUAUUAUACCACACGCUCAUUGGAUUCUUUA